AAGAGGAAUAUAAUGGCAAUUGGUUUGUGAAAAGCGGCAGUAGGGAUUUGGUGGAAGAAUGGCAAAGUCUAGUUGGCGCCGGAGAAUAACCCAAAAUAUGGAGUAGAACUGCCACAGAAAUACUUGGCUGGUGAGAUUCUUUGGAACGAUGACGAUUUUAUGCCUCAAGGCGGUAACAUAGAGUACCGUGAAGAAUUUCGCAAAAUUUACUCCAGAUACUUCCGUCAGAUUGUCCAAGAAGAUGGUUUUGACAUUGACGUAUACCCCGGUAAUGCUAAGGCAGCUAUAUAUGUACCAUAUCUGGAUUUCGAGACAGAGAUUGACAUGCUAACGGAACUAGCUAACCAUGCUAUUGAAGAAUUUAACAAAAGUAGUAGUGCUUACAAGUACAAGUUUUUGUAUAUUGAAAAAGUGAAUUAUAUCAUGACUAAAUAUCGUGAAUAUUUCAUCACUGUGAAAGUCGCAAAUCUCACUCUUCGUACACCUAUGGCAACUUUUCAAAUCCGUGCAUAUAAAGGACCUAAUGCGGAAAACAUUAUCAGUCUUUGCAGGAGGAAAGGAGAGGAUGUUAAAGCUGUAAAUGAGGUUUGCAGUAAGAUGGCUGAUUUGGAAGCUGAAUGAAGAGGCACUUGAAGGAUAAUUUUGGUAUUCAACUGUAAUUAAAUUGGUUAACUUUGAUGUGACCUUAUUAUAUUAGUUAUAGAAGUAUCAGAUAGCUCUUAGGUAUGAUCUAGUCAUCUAAACAUUAAUGAGUUGUGGCACUGGUUUAUUAUGGUAGCGUAAAGAGAGAUUCUUAAGCUCA